CUGACUUGACUGGGCAGGCAGUCUGGAUGUUUCAGUCAGCUAUUAAUGAAUCUCUACACAGGGAACAGUGCAAUGAAGGUUAUGUUUGUAUUCCUCGUUUAUUUAGGAUGUGCCUCUGCAUAUCAAGUGGAUAAUGGGGACACAUUCUACUACCGGAUGUUACACUAUAAGAAGCUGCAGCCGAUUCUAAGUCAAGGUACCUUUUCCUGGGCUAAUUGUGGGAGUGAGAAGGAACCUGCAGUCCUUAAGAGUCUUUCAAUCCAACCAGAUCCGAUCUCUAUUCCUGGGGAUCUACAGGCCAGUGCUGCAGGUUUCACUGCUCUUAAUCUUACAGCACCUUUGACGGUGAACGUAACACUGGAAAAGGAAGUUGCUGGAGUUUGGGUGAAAAUUCCGUGUGUUGAUGAAAUUGGAAGUUGUGUUUAUGGCGAUGUCUGCCGACUACUGGACUUAGUGAUUCCACCUGGACAAGACUGCCCAGAGCCACUAUAUACAUAUGGACUCCCAUGUCACUGUCCUUUCAAAGCGGGUGAGUACUCUCUGCCAAACACUUACUUCGACCUCCCUCCUGUUGCGCUGCCGCCUUGGAUGGCCAGUGGGAAUUACAAAGCUAUGGGCAUUCUUACCAGAAACAAUCAGGAGCUGGCUUGUCUCAAGGGCACCUUCUCUCUCAAGACACAGUGAUCAAAUCAAACUAUUCACCUCCUAUUCCAGAAGUUGAACUUCUCGGAUGCAGAAUCAGAAAUUGCUUUCUAUGUCUACGCUAACAUUAAUAAUGCGUGCUCAGUAUUUUUUCUUCUCUCUAAAAUCAAAAGCUGUUUUGAAGCAGUAAACAAUUUGUUUCAGUUCUACAUUGAAUCAGGAAUUGUCUCUGUUAACCUCAUAUUCUGUGGUCAUGAACUGGACCUACGAUACUUGCUUCUGCUUUUCUAAGUGUAGAUCGUGGUUACGGGUCAUUCGACUAUCAGGUACAAAUGACACCGGUACAAAUGUAUUGUCACAGUGUACUAUUUAUCCGAGCUAUAAACAGAGAGCUAAGUGAAACCAUAAGAAACAGGAACAAGAGUAGGUCAUUUGGCCCCGCACACCUGUUCCGCUGUUCAGUGGGAUCAUGGCUGAUCCAACAUUCCUCAUUUCCGCUUUCCUACUUCAUCCUCUUAACUCUUGAUUCCCCUAUUGAUUAAGAAUCUAUCUUGUAUGAUCAUACAGAUAAUGAAAGAGGCCUUUUGGCCCAGCAUUCCUGUGCUGUUUUUUGAAAGAGUUUUCCAAAUACCCUGUCUUUUCCCCACAUUUCUCACCCUUAUAUAUUCAUUCAAUUCCCCUUUGAAUCUGUUUCCACCACUUGCACAGUUUGCAGGUUAAAAAAAUCCCCCCUAAUUCUUUUCCUGAUUAUCUAAUAUCUGUUUACCAAGUUUCCUUCCAAUGGGAACAGUUUUCCUUAUCACAGGAUGGUUACAGCACAGGAAGCAGCCAUUUGGCCCAUUGCAUUCAUGCUGGCUCUCUGCAGCUCAUCUAUUGCCACUCCCCACCUUUACCUGAGGCCCUGCAUAU